GAGGCGGGCCGGGGCGGGGAGCCGGGUGUGGGAAGCGUGGCGGUCCCGCCCCGUCUCCUGGACCAGCCGCGGCCGCCAGCGCCGCUGCAGCCGCAGGGAGCGGCGGACGCAGCAAAGGCUUGCGGUGCGGGCGGAAGUUCCCUCAGAAAAACCACACAUCUCCCCAGCCCACCAUGGCAGAGGAAAUUGAUUUCACUACUGGAGAUGCAGGGGCUUCCAGCACUUACCCUAUGCAGUGCUCAGCCCUGCGCAAAAACGGCUUCGUGGUGCUUAAAGGGCGACCAUGCAAAAUCGUGGAGAUGUCAACUUCCAAGACUGGGAAGCAUGGUCAUGCCAAGGUACAUCUUGUUGGAAUUGACAUUUUCACUGGCAAAAAAUAUGAAGAUAUUUGUCCCUCUACUCACAACAUGGAUGUUCCAAAUAUCAAAAGAAAUGAUUAUCAACUCAUAUGCAUUCAGGAUGGUUACCUUUCCCUGCUGACAGAAACUGGCGAAGUCCGUGAGGAUCUUAAACUGCCAGAAGGUGAACUGGGUAAAGAAAUAGAAGGGAAAUACAAUGCAGGUGAAGAUGUGCAGGUGUCCGUCAUGUGCGCCAUGAGUGAAGAGUACGCUGUAGCCAUAAAGCCCUGCAAAUAGACAGGACAUCAGUGCGAGCAGGUCCAUUGGUCUGGAUCCAGCUGCCCCAAAGCUAUAGCCUUCAUAAGCAACCUCACGUUCGUUGUUAUUAUGUUUCUAUUGUUUUAAAAAUGUGCUGGCUUAGGUUUGCAGGCAGUUAGUAAGUUUAAAUGAAUAUACCAAAAUGUAUAAUUUUAUAAGUAUCUCCUGUAACACUCCUGUGGUUUUUAUCAUGUGACCAUAAGAAACAAAUACAACAGCUUGUCUGAGCAAAUCACUCCUGAACUUAAGUGGUUAACAAACCAGGGUUUUAAAUCAGCAACGUAGCACCUAGUAGAAUGAAAGUAUGCAUUUCAGUAGAAUUGCUUUGUGCUGAUUUCAGACUUAAGAUCUAGAAUUCAUAGAUUAUAAAAUGGUCUGUGUUGCAAACACACAUCUUGAAACUAAACUCUUGUUACCAAAAAGUGUCGUUCUCUUUUGUCAUACCUAGUACGUGUCAUACCUGGAAGCCAGGUGUCCCGUGCGUUACCUUCAUCAUGUUUGUCUGUGCUGGAUUGGUGGUGACACACAGACAUAGUUUUGGUUGACGGAGGGAACAGAACAGCUGAGUAAGUCUGAGCAAGUCCACCAAGCAGUGGGAUACACAGGGCAGAGGCAAAGCAAGGGUUAACGCUGUACUUUUUACUUAAGACCUUUUAAUCAGCUCCGAAGCAGCUCUGGUUGUAUUUUUGCUUUUGGCUCUGUCCCCAGCCUCUGCCUCAGCGCAGGAGUGACCUUUACAGAGGCGCUCUCUACUUCAGCCAUAAUACCCAAGUGGUCAUGAUGUUGGUAAUCCAGCCUUCCCAGCAAUUUUUUAAGUAAUUUGUUUGUGACAUUAGACUAAAAUUAGGAAUUUUAAAGUUGCUUUAGAAUUCUUGACUUUAAGUUGAUUUGUUAAAUAUAUGUACACUUUUCUAAAGGGUAAUAGGAGUAAACCAUGGAAGAAAGAUUAUCUUAUUUGAAAAUUAUUUUAAGUGUGUAUAUACUUUAAUUCUAUUGUGACUUAAUUCUAUUACUGAUGUGAAAUACAACUAGGAAAGGAUUCUGUGACCUGGAUUAUUUUACUGAGUUGUAUGUAAUGCCCCUCCAUUUCUGUUUAGACUUUUGGAUAGUGUGUAAAUUUUGCCUAAAAUUGUAGACAUAGCUGUGGGCUUGUGAGGAACAGACAAAAUCACAACCAUGGCAUUGGAGUGCAGUGUAAAGCAAAAUCCCUCUCAGUAACACCUUGAUUCUCCUAUGCUGGCUCUCAGGUCCCUUCUCUCAUGUUUGGACCCUUUGUUCCUGUCUUUAAAAAAAGAAAAAUGUGACAAUGUAACUCAUCUAAUCAGCAACUUGAAAUAGCUUUACAAAUGCAAGAUCCCAAGAUUUUAGUUGCUUAAUUUGUAUGCAGUUUUAAAUCUUGUCUUAUUAUCAAAAAGUGUCUCUUUGAUGACAAGAUAAAACAAUCCAGAGAUUAAGCAAGAUACCAUAAGAGAAGUGCCAGGAGAGAUGUCUAAAGCACAAGAUUAUUGAAGUUGUAGCCAGAUGGCUUUAGUGUGACCUUUAGCUUUUGCCCAUGCAAGCACAAUUAGGAAUCAGGCUGAAGUUUCCCCGGGUGUCUGCUCUGUGCUGCUUUAGAUGUCUACUGUGGGGAUGUGUCCCUCUGUGGCACUGAUUGACGGGUUACCCACAGGAAUUCCAGGAAGUUACUCCUCUCUGCUGUCUUCUGAUGGCUGUUUGGCCAAUGAGUAGCCACACUGGUGGUUUGAUUCCCUGUUUCUUCAGGACUAGCCUGCCCUUCCCUUCCUAACUUACCAAACUUCACAUGCAUCUCUCUUUUCCAUUGUAGUAUAUGCAUAGAAAUCAGAGCAGUGUACCUCUAGCUCCAUACCUUGAAUGGCAAAAACUACUUAGGCCUAAGUAUUUCAUUUUAAAUAAUAUGUAAGUGUACAUACCCCAACAUGUAACUAUAGAUUUUAAAGAUACAGGACUGUUUAUUUUCACAUAAGUCAAUAGAUGUUUCUCUUAAAGCAAAAUAUUUAAUUUAGUAAAGCUUUAUAAAUUAUAUUAAAGGGAAGCAGGGAACAUGUAUUUUUUAACAGAAAACAGAAUCACUGCUUUUGACAUCAGAGAAAUGCUAACAGUUGAUUCCUAGUAUGUGUUGUCCUUGUAGCUGAUCUCCUGCUUCACGGGCACCGUUGAGAAUGGAGAUCAUUCGGACAUCACCGCAGGUCUGUGUCUGAACACAUUUCUUUCUUUGCCAUUUAGAUAGUACUAACAGGUUGAACAUUUUUUGUUCUAGAAUAAUAGCUUAAUUUCUACUGUGAAGAUUUGGCCACACUGGUACAAUCGUGUGCCCUCUGACGGAGGUCAGACCCCUUAGGCUUUGGCGUGGCCUUUGCAUCCCUGAUGCCCCCAGGGGCUGCCAGUCACUUGAAGUGGUUGCUAAGCUCUUGACUGUCCCCUCCAUAAGACAGAUUUCUCUACCAGUGCUUCAGAUCAGUGACCAAAACUCUCACAGCCAGCUGGGAUAUCUUUCAGAGAACACAAUGCAAUGCGAUGUUUAGAAAAUUUAGGGACACAUGCUUUUUAUUAGCGCACAGUUUGAGUGUGUGUAGAACUAUACAUAGCUUUGUUCAUUUCUCAAAGUCCUUCCAACUACUAAACGUACUGUAGUCUGGUAGUGCCUCAAAUGUUGGUUUGAUUUUCAUUGUUUUUGAUUUAUAAGUUUUCCAGAAUUUGUUUUGUACUUUUAAGGCUACUCAAUUAGAUUUUUUCUAGUUGAUCUGGAAUUCAAACUCACUGUUCUCAGGGCUGUUUGUGCUAAGAGCUGAGGUGUCAUUAUUUUAAAGAUAGCUGCCUACAAAUAUAUUACAAGUUUUUCCCAAGUCAUAAUACUGUAAAACACACACAUAGAAACUGUUAGUAUAACAUAUUUAAGCUAUCUGGUAAGCUUUUUUUCAAAAAUGGGAGCGUUAGUAGCAGCUGUACUGGGAUCUUCUUGUAGUUUUUACUUUAGAGUAAAAUCCCAGGGGUCUUCCCGUGGAAACCUGUCCUUGGUGAUGGAUCUGACAGCAUGCUCUUGGCACAAUGCCAAAGAGAGUUUUGGAGCUAGACAUUGGUGCAGUGGUUCUCAGACACGUCUGAGAACAGACAGGAAAUUCCUAACUCUUUUGGGUAUUUUAAAAUGUUUACAUGCCGAAUUCACACUUGCUACAAGGAAAUAUGGAUGUCUAGUAGAAGAUCAAAGCUAUAAAAGCAUAUUUCCAUAAACAGUAUAUUGUGCUGAUAUGAACUUUUUAAUCUUCUAAUAUCUAAGUUAUACUAUUACAUAGUUCUCAAACCUUUUUUUCUGUUAACAUUUUGAUGAAUAAGAGUCAACAAAGACUUUUUUUUUUAAAUCUGUGGUAGACAAAUCUUAAAAUUGAGUCUGUUAACUUAAAUCUAUGAAAUGUGUUCUCCGAAUUGGACAAACAACAUUAUUAUUUGAUUGUAGAGGGAACAUUGGGACUUAGCUUACGGAGCACAGAUGUUCUGUGGAAACAGGGUUUGAAGUCACUAUGUAAUUUAAUUUUUCCAUUACCCAAACACCAACAUAACUACCAUGUGAGGUCAGGCACCUGAAAAGAGCUAUAAACAUCUAAUAAAUAUGUUUUCUUUGUAUGGAGGACACACCAUAGGGCAGUGCACACAAGACCAUCCUCUGCUAUGAAUGUGUGUAUUACUAAACUCCUCCAUCACUACUGUCCACACUUAAAACAGGCCUGGACCUAUAUUACAGCAACAAGGGAGAUUCUUUUAUGUAUAUGAUGUUCUUAGAAACCAUUUCUAGAUGUUGGUGGUAUUUGGUUCAUAUCUGAAGCUGUACUUUUAAAAACACUGGAUACUAAACUAUUCAGCAGUGACUGAAGAGCCUGUGAGAUUGUGGCCAUGCUCUCUCUUAAGCUGAUUCCUUACCGUGGUUGUUCUACUCCACGGAAGCACUCAUCAUUAUCACGAAGUCUACUUCACAUUACCAGCUCUAAGCCAUGAUGCAAGUGACUGCUUCCCAAUUGUCAUGCACUCUUACCCCCCCCCCAGAGGAAAACAGAUAAUGAUAAUGUCUAAUCCAUUGGCACUUUGUUCGUAUUAUUUUUGUCUUAAAUAUAGAAUACUUCUUGAAUUUACUUGCAAAUGUUUUGUUAAAACUUUAAAAUUGUAAGAACUGAAUAUUAUAAUUGUGUGUUUUACAUUUUAAAAGUAAGUAAACUUUGAAUGUCAAAUCUCCAGCUAUACUAAAAUAUCCUUAUCAAUGAUAACAUUUUGUUACCUUAAAAUACAUGUCUGUUAACUUCGUGUUAUAUUAAAUGGAAAUAAACUU